AUGCCUUCCAUAUUGUCAGACGAUGAUAAAGAGACGGUCAAACGCAUGGUACCAAAGGCCUCGAACAAAAUACAGGCAGUAGCAGUCGCCCGUCUAUAUAUUGCUUAUCCCGAUCGUCAUAAAUGGACAUACACUGGUCUACAAGGAGCGGCAGUUCUUGCGAAUGAUCUUGUCGGAAAUACCUACUGGAUAAAACUUGUCGAUAUCUCGUCUACGAAUAAAGGCGUCAUAUGGGACCAAGAGAUAUAUGAUACUUGGUCAUAUAACCAAGAUCGAACAUUCUUUCAUACCUUCGAAACAGAAGAAUGUUUGGCUGGAUUGUCCUUCGUAGACGAGAAGGAAGCCAAAACCUUCAUGAAAAAGAUGAAUGAUCGAGAAAAGAAUGCUAGUAAAGCUACAAAGGCCAAUCCUUUUGGAGGCGCUGCGCCGGCUCAUAAACACAGUCUCCUCGGUGGAUUUUUCGGUGGACACAGACAUUCUUCUGCUCCAUCGAUACAACCUACUCCCCCCGAUUCGCCUAGCUACGUACUCCCACCUUCACAACCGGCGCAUACAACGCAGAACAACAGGCACUCGGGUGGAAGUUUCAGGACAGGGCAGGCCGAAUACGCAGCUUUGGAAGCGAUCGAUCCUCAUUGGCGAGAAACAUGGGGCGAGGACUUGAGAGAAAUGGGUAUUACAGACGACAUAAUCAGGGAUAAUCAGGAUUUUAUUGCAGACUAUAUUCGAGAAAAGCAAGCUCAACAAGUUAUAACACCUACGCCUAGUGGUAUCGAAAAUCAAAGAAAUAAAGCCCCUCCUCCACCUCCACCUCCAGCAGCACCUCGAACCCGUUCCGAUAGUCCUCAAAGUUCUAAUGCUGGUCAUGGACGAGGUGCACCACCUCCACCUCCUGCACCAAGGCGAUCCAAAGCAGAUAUUGCUCGAGAGCCAACACCACCAAGAGAGCCUUCACCACCCAGGGGUCCCCCUCCCCCCAGGUUUGCAGCUCCACCGCCAUUCGCAGAUGCUGGAAAAUUUGCGCAUACCAAUGAUAGAGCACCUUCUCGAGCACAUGCUUCUUCUAAUCCAGGGCCACCCCCACCACCUAGGCCUGCGAAAACCCCUAUCGAAGAUUACGAACCAGGGGAAUCAGGUUCGAGGUUUGGAGUUCCUCCUCCUUUCACGGGAACAAGAAUUACGGCACCACCUCCUACCCCACAACGAGGUCCUGUUCCACCCCCGCCUCCUAGAGAUAUCCAUCAAUCACACAGUAGUCAUGCUAUACCGCCUGCACACAUUCCUCCUCCGCCUUUGCCACCCAAAACUCCAGCGUCUCCGGGUGCUCCCCCCUUGCCUCCUGCUUCCACUCGCCCUGUACCUUUACCUCCGAGAGAUACUGCACCACCUCCACCUCCUUUGCCUCAAAUGAGCGCCCCACCUCCACCUCCUUUACCGCAAUCCGCUGCUCCACCUAUUCCAUCAUCUGCUGCUCCUCCACCUCCUCCACCACCUGGACCACCCCCAGCAUUUGGAGGACCACCUCCCCCUCCACCUCCACCUAUGCCAUCAUUUGGCGGUCCUCCACCACCUCCACCUCCUCCAGGAAAUGGACCUCCAGCUCCUCCACCUCCACCACCACCUCCAAAUCGCGAUUCUGCUUCGGGUGCUCCACCGCCACCUAAACCUACUGGAGAUCGUGCAGACCUAAUGGCAAACAUUCAAAAGGCCGGUGGUAUUGGAGCUCUCAAGAAAGUUGAUCGAUCGCAAAUUAGAGACAGAAGUGCUGCUGCCGUUCCUGGUGCAGACACUGGACCUGCGGGUAGUGGACUUCCUCCUGCUGGUGCAUCUUCAGGGGGCGGAGGCGGAUUGGCGGAUGCAUUAGCAGCUGCUUUGAAUAAGAGAAAGCAGAAAGUUAGUGCUAGUGAUGACGAAGCGGAAGAUGAUGAUUGGUAG